ACGGCGGGCAGGAGCGGGCAGGGCGGGCAGGCAGCAGGCAGGGCGGGCAGGGUUGUGGGCAGCGGCCGCUGUGGCGUGGGGCCUCGCCCGGUAGACGGCGGCGGAACGGAGCGGGCAGAGCAGAGGUUCUGAAUUGUGCCUGAACCGAGCACUGAGAGCAGCCCCUGGAAGCAGCAGCGGGGUGACCAGAAGCCAUGACAACGGAGACGGGCCCCGGGUCGGAGGUGAGGAAUGCGCAGGAAGAGGCUCCGCAGCAGCAGCUGGAGGCAGCUGCCCACGGCCCCACCGCAGGCCCCAACCCCGCCGGCCGGGACAGCGACGCCAACGAGAAGCCCGGGGCACAGUCCGAUGCCCGAAAUAUGGAGCCAGGCACAGACAUGGAGGACAAGGACUACAGUGAGACAGAUGGGCUCUCUGACAAAACAACCCCCAGCAAGACCCAGAAGUCACCCCAGAAAACCACCAAGAAAGUGAAGAGUGUGUGCAGGGUGACCCUGCUUGAUGCCUCUGAGUAUGAGUUUGAGGUGGAGAAACAUGCCCGAGGCCAGGUCCUCUUUGACAUGGUGUGCGAGCACCUCACUCUGGAGAAGGACUACUUCGGCCUCACCUUCUGUGACUCAGACAGCCAGAAGAACUGGUUGGACCCCAAGGAGAUCAAGAAGCAGAUCCGCAGUGGGCCCUGGAACUUUGCCUUCACUGUGAAGUUCUACCCUCCAGACCCUGCCAGCUCACAGAGGGACCAUCAAAGAUACUACCUGUGCCUGCAGCUCCGUGCAGACAUCAUCACGGGGCGCCUGCCCUGUUCCUUCGUCACCCAUGCCCUGCUGGGCUCUUACGCUGUCCAGGCUGAGCUGGGCGACCACGACACCGAAGAGCGUGGCAACUAUGUCAGCGAGCUCCGCUUCGCCCCCAACCAGACACGGGAGCUGGAGGAACGCAUCAUGGAGCUACACAAGACUUACCGCGGAAUGACCCUGGGAAGCAGAGUCCACUUCCUGGAGAAUGCCAAGAAGCUCUCCAUGUACGGGGUGGACCUGCACCACGCCAAGGACUCAGAGGGCAUUGACAUUAUGCUGGGCGUCUGCGCCAACGGCUCCUCAUCUACAGGGACCGGCCUGCGCAUCAACCGCUUCGCCUGGCCCAAGAUCCUUAAAAUUUCCUACAAGAGGAGCAACUUCUACAUCAAGAUCCGCCCGGGUGAGUUUGAGAGCACCAUUGGCUUCAAGCUGCCCAACCACCGCUCAGUCCAAGCGGCCUUGAAGGUCUGCAUAGAGCAUCACACCUUCUUCAGGCUGGUGUCCCCAGAGCCACCCCCCAAGGGCUUCCGUAUGGGCUCCAAGUUUCGGUACAGUGCGACACAGGCGCAGACGCGACAGGCCAGUGCCCUCAUCGACCGCACAGCUCCGUUCUUCGAGCGCUCCUCCAGCAAACGGUACACAUAGUCUCGCAGCCUUGAUGGAGAGUUCUCACGUCCAGCCUCCGUCAGCGAGAACCAUGAUGCUGGGGCGGAGGGUGAGAAGCAGGACGAGGACGGUGAGUUUGGCAGCAGGAGGCAGUCUGAAAUGGAGGGAGAGGAGGUGACCACCCCGACGAAAAUCAAGGAGCUGAAGCCGGAGCACGAAACCCCCAGGCACAAGCAGGAGUUUUUAGACAAGCCAGAGGAUGUUUUGCUGAAGCAUCAGGCCAGCAUUAAUGAGCUGAAGCGGACCCUGAAGGAGCCCAAUAGCAAGCUGGUUCACAGGGACCGGGACAGGAGGCUGCCUUCCUCACCAGCCUCUUCCUCACCCAAGCAUGAGGAUGAAACGCCAAAGGGAACACCUGAAAAGGCCAGUGAGAGAGCGGGUGUGAGGGAGGGCACCGAGGAAGGACCUAAACCACCUCGGCACAGGGCCCCCGAGAGCGACACCGGCGACGAGGAGCCUGACCAGGAGAAGGACUCAGUCUUCCUGAAGGACAACCACCUGGCCAUCGAGCGCAAGUGCUCCAGCAUCACGGUCAGCUCAACCUCCAGCCUGGAAGCAGAGGUGGACUUCACUGUGAUCAGUGACUUCCAUGGCACAGCCUUUGAGGACAUCUCACGAAGCCUGCCCGAGCUGGACAAGGACAAGAGCGAAAUGGAAGAUGAAGGCCUGGUUUCCUUCCAGCACACUGACAAAGUAGUUCCUGGACUGGAAGAGGAUGUCAAAGGCAGGGAGAAGGUCUUCCAGCCUAGCCCAGAUGUCUCCCAUCUAGAGCAGGUGGACGGAGGCACCCCAGGCAGCAGGGACAUCACUGCCACUGCCCAGGCUGGCACCACAGAGAUGACGCUGGUGACCUCAGAUCACAGCACCAAGGCUGGGAAAGGGGCCACAGACCUUCGCUCCCUCUCACCGAUCUCCGGUGGCUCCUCUGGGAAGGAGAUGCUCACCAGCAUAUUCAGUGCCACUGCAGAAACCCUCUCUACUUCCACCACCACCCAUGUCACCAAGACUGUGAAAGGGGGAUUUUCUGAGACCCGGAUAGAGAAGCGCAUCAUUAUCACUGGAGAUGAAGAUGUGGACCAGGACCAGGCACUGGCUUUAGCAAUCAAAGAGGCAAAACUCCAGCACCCUGACAUGCUGGUAACCAAAGCUGUGGUAUACAGAGAAACAGAUCCCUCUCCAGAGGAAAGGGACAAGAAACCUCAGGUGGGAGCUGCUCCCUGGCAGUUGCACUGACCGGUUGCUCACCAGGACGUCCCCGUGAAGUCUGUUCUCCUGGCAGAGUGGUUUCUCCUGCAAGCAUGGAAGGCAUGACCACAAGCAGGUAGGGCUGCCAGCUCUUGAGGGUCUCCCCAGCUUCCAGCCAAGCACCUUCAGCUACUUUUAGAGAGCAGACCCCCCAACCUAAAAAGAGUUAAAGCAGUUGUGUAGGCUACUUUUCUCUCUGUUGUUUUUCCAAUGCACCCAAGCCAGCCAUGACCACCAAUGGCACUGUCAGAGGGUAAGGGGGUGCUGGAGGGCCAGUGGUCUGCCCACUGUGCUGGUGUUCAGCAGCACACAGCAUCUUUCAGACAUGGAGGAGCCCACCCAGCUUGGACACUGCCCUUGGACACCUCCACAACCCCCUCAGGGCCACUGGGACCCUUGAGACUUGCUUUUGGCGUUGUGCAGAGUCAGGAAACUGAAGGUUCCUGUGGAAGUGAGAGGCCUUACACAGUUAGACUUCAUGUGUGCUUGGACUGAAGUGAGUUCUGUUUGCAGUGAGCAAACCCAGCCCCUGGCUCCCACAGCAUGUUUAUGGGUGGCAGUGUCUAAAACUUUUCUAAAAAAAAAAAAGGAAAAAAAGGAAAGAAAAAAGCUCACUGCUUGUUCCCUGGGUGAGGUGUGGUUUUCUGAUGCUCAGCUCAAGCCCACCCAUCACUGCGCUCUGUUUUUAAUAGCUGGUCACUGCUUGUUUUCUUCCAGGGGCCUUUCUGUUGAAAGGGGUGGGAGACAUGAGUGCCUGUUUUUAUCCAAUCCCACAAAUUCAUUCUGAACGUGGCCUGCGAUUGCAUGAGUAAUAUAACAAUAACAAUAAUAAUAUUUAUUUUUAUUUGAGAAGCACCUUACCAACCAGCUGCAAUGCUCUGUUGCUCCUUCACUAACUCUCCUUUUCUCUUCCCUUGUUCUCCCUCUCCCCCUUUGAUCAUACGCCUUUUCAGUGCUCAGUGGUGUAUGCGUGUGUGCUCACUGUUCUUGUAUUCAAUAAAAGUGAAAUAAAUGUGUUUGAUGCUAAAU